AGGGACGCAGCCUGGCAACCCUGCUCCUGUCAAAACCCCGUUGCGCAGCGUGCUAGUUGUUGCGCACUGAAGUUAGCGCCUUUGCACUUCGUAGUUGGACAACUUCGAGCAAACUAUGGCAGGCAAGAGGGCGUUAGUGAUCCUGUCUAAAGGUGCGGAGGAGAUGGAGACUGUUAUUCCCGUGGACAUCAUGCGCAGAGCCGGGAUUGCAGUCACGGUUGCAGGACUGACGGGUCCAGAGCCGGUGCAGUGCAGCAGAAACGUCGUCAUUUGUCCUGAUGCUAGCCUUGAGGACGCCAGCAAACAGGGGCCGUAUGAUGUGGUGCUUCUGCCAGGAGGGAUGCCGGGGGCCCAGAAUCUGGCAGAGUCUCCUGCUGUGAAGGAGGUGCUGAAGGAUCAAGAUGGCAGAAAAGGCUUGAUUGCAGCCAUCUGUGCAGGUCCCACUGCUCUUUUGGCACAUGGAAUCGGGUACGGCAGCACAGUCACGACACAUCCCGGGAUGAAGGAGAAGAUGAUGGCUGGAGAUCACUAUAAAUAUUCAGAGGCUCGAGUACAAAAGGAUGGACAUUACAUCACCAGCCGUGGGCCAGGAACCAGCUUCGAGUUUGCCCUGACGAUUGUAGAGGAACUUAUGGGGGCUGAGGUUGCAGCUCAAGUCAAAGCUCCUCUUCUUAUAAAAGACUAAAUGUAGUCGUGUUCGCUUUACAUCCUGCGAGCAGCACUGCCUGCUGUAUACGUUUGGCACUACUGAAACGCCUAAUCCAAUGUAGCUGACACAAGGAGUCAAAGUCACGAGUGACAAAUCAUUCACAUUCUGGGACAUGUGGAUAUUUCUGUUCUGGCAGGUUAUUAUCUUUCUCAUUUGGCAAUGAAAGGCACCCUUCUGUUAUUUAAAACCAAAAUACAACAUGAAUAAUAACUGCACAGGCUUGACAAUUGAAAUGACAUCUUUCUUCAUUGGUUUAACUGCUUCAAUUCUUUGACUUGUCAUUAAAACAUGAACACAAAUAAA